AUGGUAUCCAGUGAGCUGAUAUUUGGUGUGACAUUCUUCUUUCAAUGUGCCAUUGCUUUUGUAGGCAAUUCACUGCUGCUAAUGCUUUAUGUUUGCAUCUCAUUCAAAAAGCCUCAGCAGAAGAAACCCAUGAAUUUGAUUCUUGUUCAUUUGACUAUGGCCAAUAUGGCAGCACUUUUUGCCAGAGGCAUCCCAGAAAUCAUGUUUUGUUUUGGGAUGAGGUAUUUUUUUGAUGAUUUAGUAUGUAAGGGCCUCAUGUACAUUUACAGAGUUUCCCAGGGACUUUUUAUCUGCACAACAAGUCUUCUGAGUAUGUUCCAGGCCCUCAUCACCAGUCCCAACAACUCUGUGUGGGCAACCAUCAAAGUUAGAGCCCCCAAACACAUUGUAUAUUAUUUCCUCUUUUUCUGGAUCACCAGUGCAUUGAUCUACAUUUGUGUCAUUGAAUCCAAUGAAGCAGCUGAAAAUGUUACAUUUUCUAAGUACCAUUAUGUUUCACAUAUUUACAUAGUAAGAUCAACAAGAAAUGAUAGUCAACUUAAUGUUGCAUUGAUGUUUGGUAUGACUUUUCACGACCUUAUUUUUCACUUCCUUAUGGCCUUGUCUAGCACCUACAUGGUGUUUCUCCUCUAUCAACAUAGUAAACAAGUGCAGCACAUUUAUAGCAGUAGUCAUUCCUCUAAAUCCUUCCCUGAGGUCAAGGCCACACAGACUAUCCUCUUGCUUGUGACUUGUUUUGUUUUAUUCUACUGGCUCAACAACUGUAUCACCUUACAUGAAACUUUUAAUAUUGAAAAAGAUGUUGAGUCGGAGACUAUCACAAGUGUUUUUGGUGGAUGUUACCCUGAUCUCUCUCCCUUAUUGCUGAUUGGCAGUGAGAGUCAUAUCACAAAGCUUCAUUGUAUGUCUGGAAAGACACACAGGCCUCAUAAGAAUUUUAUUGAUGAAUAA